CGGCUCCGCCGCUCCGACGUGCUGCUGCAGUGGGCCGACCAGGGCAUUGACGCGCUCAACUGCCUGUAUGGCCACGCUGGUGCACCUCCGUCGGCGCCCGCGAACCUGGGGCAGCAGACCAGCCUGAACUUUUUGGAGGACUGCUACCUGGGGAUGGGCGCGAUGCCGAGCGAGCCAGGUUUUUGUGAAGAAGCCCUCCGCGAGCUUCUCAGUGGCUCCACCGUCUACGCUGAGGAUGGUGGCGCCCGGGUCCCGUGCUCGAAGGAGCUGGUCUCCUGGCCUGAGGUGGGUUCCAGCCCCGUCGACCUUGUGGGCUGCCUCACUCAGGAUGAUGCUGAUUGGGCACGGGAUUGGCCACAUAACUUGCUCAAGACGCCCGACGAGGCGCUGCUCGGGGCCCGACAAGCUUGCCCUCGCGGACCUUUCGUCGACCCUCGGUUGGCGCGGGAUCCAGUUUUGUAUGGUGACUUUGUUCGGCGGCUUCAUCAAUGUGGAAUGUUGCGCUUCAAGGUGGCCUCCACUGCCAAGCACAUGAUUGGUGUAUUUUUUGCGGGGAAGAAGUCCGGCAAGCUUCGCAUAGUGUUCGACGCGAGGUACGCCAACGCCUUCUUCCACCCGGCGCCCGCGACGCGGCUGCCCACGGCGGCCGCGGUGUCUUCUGUGGAGUCGGGCGGCUUGCCCCUGUGCGUGGCGGCUGGCGACCUCGACAAUGCCUUCUACCGUCUCAGGCCCAUGUCGGGCUUAGAGGACUACUUCACGCUGCCCCCGCUUUCCUCGUCCCUAGCGGGCAUCGCGGAGCUGGAGGGGGUGAGCAUUCCGGCAGGGACCAGCCUGGUUCCCUGCCUUACAAUCCUGCCCAUGGGGUGGUCGUGGGCGAUGCACUUCUGCCAGGCUGUGACCAUGCGCGCCAUCUCGGUGGCGGGCUUCGCGGACUCGCAGAUCGUGGAGGACGGUCGUUCCAGCGUGGCCCUGCCCGCCCGCUCAGACACGGCGGCGGCGGGCUACGUGGACAACUUCUACGUCUUCGGCCACGACGCCUCGCUGGUCACGCAGCGCCGGGACGACGUGUCGGCCGUCUUGCGCGGGUGGGGCUUGACAGUCCACGAGGAGACGGAUGCCUCCCCCGACGCCGUCCUGGUGGAGCUCCGGCAGGGCCGCUGGCUGUCUAUCAAGCGCCGCAACCUGUGGCGGCUCCGUGCGGCGCUGGACACCGUGCUACGCCGGGGCUGCUGCUCCAGCAAGAUGCUUGAGGUGCUGGUGGGCCACAUCACGUGGGCCUGCUUGAUCCGCCGUGAGCUGCUCUGCGUGCUGAGCUCCGUGUACCCGUACAUGGCGGCCGGCCUGCCGACGACCUCGCGGCUGUGGCCCUCCGUGCGCCAGGAGCUGUGGCUCGUCCGCUCGCUGCUCCCGCUCCUUCAGAAGGACUUGAGCAGCCCGUGGCACGACGUGGUCGGAGUGAGCGACGCCUCCGAGUUCGGAGUCGGCGUCGCCGUGCGGUCGGCGCGGCCGGACGCUGCGGCGCAGCACGGCCGCCAGUGCGAGAGGUGGCGUUACCGAGUGCACGGUGCCGAGAAGGCCCGCGAGAGAGCCCUCCGCCCUCAGCCUCUACCAUCCUCCGCAUACGCCACAGCUUCGCUGCCUGCAGGACUGCACGGCCUGGACGUCUUGGGGCUGGAAUCCUUCAUCAGGUUGCACCCAAGGGAGUUCAUGGAGGUGCCCAAGGAGUUCUUCGACGGGGCUGGUUCACAGGGCCUUACCGACGCGCUGCUGCCGCCCAGCCUGGCUGCUCUCGUGCGGGGCCCCCUGAGGCUGACGGGCCGACACCUGCAGGAGCCGGGCUCGAUGGCGGGUGCCUCGGCCUCUCGCCGCCAGGCGGAUCGCCACCGCAGAGCUGCGGCGGCUCGCCAGGUGGCGUCCGAGCGGGGGCCCUCGGGCGGCCUCUCGGUGCUGGAGCGGACGGCGGUCAGGCCGGGCACGGAGCGCCUGUACCAGGUGUACCUCCGGGCCUUCCUGCAGUUCUGCCUCGUCAUGGCCAUCGACUGGACGAGCGAGGCCGAGAUGGACGUCGCCCUGGUCACGUACCUGAACUCGAUGUACUUCGAGGGCCGCGCCCCGAACGAGGGCUCUGUGCUGCUGGCGUCGCUGGCGCACUACGCGCCGGCGCUGUACAAGAGGACGGCGCAGGCCUUGCCGAGGGCGACGCGCUGUCUGGCGGGCUGGCGCCGGCGCGUCCCGGCCAGGAUGCGCCUGCCGCUGCCGCGCCGGGCCGCCUUCGCCAUCGCCGGGGCGCUGGCUGCCUGGGGUCAGCCGCGCAUGGGGCUCUUCGUGAUGCUGUCGUUCGCGGCCUACCUCCGCCCGCAGGAGGCCUUCCGCCUGGCCGGGCGUCACCUCGUGCCGCCAGUGGCCCACCUGGGGCAGGCCCCCACUCCGUGGGGGCUGCUGCUGCACGACUCCGACUUGCAGCUGCCCGGGAAGACCAACCUGUGGGACGAGAGCGUGCUGCUGGACCAGGCGCCGUGGCUCGAGCCAGCCCUGGAGGCGCUGAGGACUGUCGCGGGCGACGGACCCUUGUGGGACUUCCUGCCUACGUCGAUUGCUCAGCUCUUCGAGGAUGCGUGCCGCGCCCUGGGCCUGGUGCACUUGCAGCCGCAUCUGUACUCCCUCCGUCACGGGGGGGCCAGCGAGGAUCUGCUGUCGGGCGCCAGGACGCCGGAGCAGGUCAUGCAGCGGGGUCGCUGGGCCACGGUGGCCUCGCCCCGCCGCUACGGCAAGGAGACCCGCCUCCUCCGGGAGGCCGCCAAGGUGGACCCCGACGUGCUGCUGUUCGGCGAGAUCGUGGAGCGCGACUUCCUGGACGUGCUGCGGGGCGGCCCCUUGCUGCCGCUGGCGUGGGCCGACCUGCCUGCGAGC